AUGCGUUACCUCGCCUCUAUUCUUUCGACCGCUGCUGUCGCAGCUGCGCACGGCUAUGUUGAGUCGGCCAUUAUUGGUGGCGAAACAUACGAGUUCUACAACCCCAACACAGACCCAUACAUGAGCCCGAAGCCCGAGCGCAUCUCGCGCUCGAUACCCGGCAACGGCCCCGUCGAGGACGUCACGAGCAUCGAUAUCCAGUGCAAUGGCUGGUCUGCUGGUGGUGUCGAGGGCAGUGAGCCUGCACCUCUCCACGCCAAGGUCGCGGCCGGCUCAGAGGUGACCCUGUUCUGGACAUUGUGGCCCGCCUCACACAUGGGCCCUGUCAUAACAUACAUGGCCAAGUGCCCCGACACUGGAUGUCAAGAUUACCAGCCUGGAGACGACGCAGUGUGGUUCAAAAUUCAGGAGGAUGGUCGCGAGGGCACCUCUCAGAACUGGGCAUCGGAUGUCAUUGUUCAGGCGAACAAUGAUGGAGUCAAGUACACUAUUCCCGAGUGCAUUGAGCCUGGCUACUACCUCGUUCGUCACGAAGUCGUUGCUCUACACGCAGCUUGGCAGUACCCAGGCGCCCAGUUCUACCCUGGCUGUCACCAGCUCGAGGUCACGGGAGGAGGCAGCGCCUCGCCAAGCGACCUCGUCAGCAUCCCUGGUGCGUACGCUGGCACCGACCCCGGUAUCACAUAUGAUGCGUACCAGGCGUCGGAGUAUGUGAUCCCUGGUCCGGAUGUGUUCACAUGCUAG